GGUUGAGGUGAGGCGAGGCGGGAGUGAGGAAGAAGGGGAGCUGAACUGACUCGAGCGAGGUCGAGGGAGCACACAUAGCCCUGCACCUGCAGCCAGCAGCAGUCCACACCACCACAAACCAGUCACAACAAUCAGGAUUGGUAGGAGCCCAUCCCUGCCUUGCUGGCCCUGACCUCCCCCCUCUCCCCCCUCUUGCUCUUCUUUUAAUGGCUUCUCUGUCCCCUCGGUCUCCUGCCUCAGCUCGCUCACCUGCGUACUAGCAGUAGUAGGCUGGGGUUGGGUUGGGUGUGGCUUCAGAAGAGAAUCGAGAGAGAGAGAGAGCACUGCCUCUGAGCUAUUCCUUCCACUUCCAGCGAGUGUUCCAGAGAUUGGGCACAUCACAUAUAGCUAGCUAGCUAGCUACGGUGAGGAGGAACGGGGGAGAAUUUUUCCUUUUCUUUUUGUCAAGCUCCUUGCUUGCUUGGCUGGUUGAUUCUCUUUGAUCCCGGAGCGCGGCCGCCGGUCCAGUCCGCCCAAUCCUCGCUGUUCGUGCGCGCAAGCUCGUGGCCGCCCGCGCCAGAUCUGAGUAGAUUCCAAGAAUCCAAGCACGAACCCGGCGGGGAGUUCUUGGACUUGGACACAGAGAGGGGAAAAAAGGCGGUGGAGAUAGGGAGGCCGGCGGGGAUGCCGGCGAGGAGCUGCGGGGGGAGGGCGUGAUGGCGGCGGUGAUGGACUACUUCAGGUCGUGCUGGGGCGCGCGGUCCCGGGCCGGGCGGCGGGGCAAGAAGGGCUCCGACGCCGCCGGCCGCCAGGACGGGCUGCUGUGGUACAAGGACGCCGGGCAGGCGGCCACCGGCGACUUCUCCAUGGCGGUGGUGCAGGCCAACAACCUGCUGGAGGACCAGAGCCAGGUCGAGUCCGGCUCGCUCUCCAUGGCCGACCCCGGCCCGCAGGGCACCUUCGUCGGCGUCUAUGACGGCCACGGCGGCCCGGAGACCUCCCGCUUCAUCAAUGACAACAUGUUCCACCAUCUCAGAAGAUUUGCAACCGAGCACAAGUGCAUGUCGGCCGAUGUGAUCCGGAAAGCCUUCCAAGCAACCGAGGACGGCUUCCUUUCUGUGGUCAGCAAGGAAUGGUCUGUGAAGCCUCAGAUCGCAGCAGUGGGCUCUUGUUGCCUCGUCGGCGUAAUUUGCUCCGGGACUCUCUACAUCGCAAACGCCGGCGACUCGCGUGCGGUUCUGGGAAGGCUUGUCAAGGCGACCGGUCAGGUUGUGGCCAUGCAGUUAUCGGCAGAGCACAACGCGUGCUACGAGGAAGUUAGGCAGGAGCUACAGUCAUCACACCCUCAUGAUCCACAAAUUGUGGUUCUGAAACACAACGUUUGGCGUGUGAAGGGCCUCAUCCAGAUCUCAAGAUCUAUCGGAGAUGUAUAUCUGAAAAGACCCGAGUAUAACAGAUCACCUCUACAUAGCAAGUUUCGGCUCCGGGAAACCUUCAAGAAGCCAAUUCUUAGUUCUGAACCUGCGAUUGCUGUUCACCAAAUACAACCGAGUGAUCAGUUUGUUAUAUUUGCUUCCGACGGGCUAUGGGAGCACCUCAGCAAUCAGGAAGCAGUUGACCUUGUCCAAAGUAACCCUCGUAAUGGGAUCGCUCGAAAGCUAGUGAAAGCCGCGAUGCAAGAGGCGGCCAAGAAGAGGGAGAUGAGGUACUCGGACCUGAAGAAGAUCGAGCGCGGGGUGCGGCGGCAUUUCCACGACGACAUAACGGUGGUCGUGGUGUUCCUGGACGCGAGCGCCGUGAGCAGGGCGGGGUGGAGCAAGAGCCCGUCGGUGUCGGUCCGAGGGGGCGGCGUGAGCGUCCCCGCCAACUCCCUCGCGCCUUUCUCGGCCCCCGCCAUGGUGAGCAGCACCUACUGAAGGAGAAGAAGAAGAAACCGCCGCGCCGAUGAAGAGAAACUCUAUGAUGGGAGCAUCUGCAGAGAGAGUGCUUCCUGCUGCUGUGAAACUGCUCAGGCUCCACCCGGGUAAUUAAAUUAGCGUACUGAUAGCAAGGUAUAAGGUUAGAUCACCGCCAUUCCGUGGCGACGCAAUCCUCCUCCCCUUUGUUCUUUUAUCUAUCCUUUUUUCUCUUCUCCAAUGAGGGAGGAGGACAAGGUGGCUGUAAAUUUGUCCGGAACAUCGCCGUCUCUUUUCGCAAUAGUCCGUGUUCUUCCA